AUGCUGCGUUUAUCGUCCGUGUACCGCAAGUCCCGACACCACAAUGUGCUGCGGCGUGGUCGCCCCCACAUGCAAAAGUAUCGCGAGCUCAACCGGUGGCAGCGGCAGGCACAAGGCAUAAGCAAGUGGGAUCAGAGCCACUCACACAGGCCGUUGCCAUAUGUCGAGCGCUUCAAUCCUGAAGGUGCCGGGGUGACACGGGGCACUUCUGCCUUCGCGUGGAAGUGGUGGCAUACGCAGCAGCCGUGGUUGCCGAACGUUGCACCGACCAAAUACGCAAGAAAGGGCAGGCCAAACACGUCUGGGGCAACGGCGGUGGCGACAAAGCCGCCUGCGUGGGAUGAGGAGUUCACGACAGUCGUUUUAGGUAUGUCAGAUGCGGAGAUUCGCGACUACCUCGUUAGUAAACUCACCGAUGUCAUCUUUGCCGAGACACAACGCGACGGAUACGAACUGCGACGGCUGGACUUUGAAGGAAACCCGCUCACCGCCCUGCCCGAGCGACGCAUAAUUGAGAGUUUCGUAUUCGAGGAGGAGACGCUGCGAGAACGUGUCAUUUAUCAGGUGGUAGAGGGCGUGUUUCGACUAAGUCCCACGUCUGCCGACAGACGGGAACUUCGCAGCGUGGAGGCAAUCAUUGACUACGUCCUCACACACGUGUCUGCUGCGCGACCUGAUGACCGGCGGCGCGUAACCCCAGCCGCCCUGGCGGUGAUGCAGCAGUGUCCACUGCAGCCAGAGCUCGGCUUCGUGCACGCCCUACCAGUGGACACGCGCGACACACUGCUGCAGGAAUGGGAGCGCAUGUUUCAUUUAGACUGGCAGUUUGGUAAGGCCGUAUACGUACCACGCAAUCAGGAAGAGACACGCGGUAACCUCACUUGGCUGCGGGAGGAGCGGCACAACGCCGAGCGUGUGCAGUUUAUGGAGGGGGUCUCCAGUGGUGAGGCGAAGCGGCGGCACAUGGAGUGCAUCGCCGAAGCCGCCCGUGUGGACUCUCCCCAGGUGAUGCAGUGA